CAUAAACAACACAUUGUCUUGUUGAUUGUUUCAACCUUGCAGUUUGUGCUGUUUUAGCGACUAAAUGAAUCGUCCCAGUAACUGGGAUGAUCCCCAAGGGCCAUGCCGCUACUGUGAAUUGCCGGUGAAGGACGACAAUUACCUAGAGUGUCAGGAAUGCCGGCGAAUGGUGCACAUCAAAUGCCUGCCGCAUGCGAGCACGCCCGGAGAUCUUUUGGGCGACGUUUUCUUCGAGUUCACGUGCGUCAAGUGUGUGCUGGAUAAAGCCCAGGGAUCGGUCGUGGCCACAGCCUUAGAACCCAUAAAGGAAGCGAUCCUGCGGCAAAGGAUACCUUGGCUGUUGGUGCUCACCCUAACGCUCUACAAUCUGUCCAUCAAACAAAAGGGUUUGGGUCACCAUGGAUUCUUCCACUGGCGCACGCACAUCAUCAGCUUUGUGGACAAGAACUGGAAUUACAUAUUCGGUCCCAAUGUGCGGCGUCGCAAACAAUGGACUGGUUCCGUAUCCGGCGCACUGUCCCACAACAGUCCGGAAUACUUUCAGUCCGGUCUGGAUGUCUUUCAGGAGCACGGCUGGUGGAAACUGGCCAAACCAUUUCUAACCCCGAGAAGCGUUCUCAGAGAAUAUGAGAAAAAGCAACAGCUGCGGCUACAAAUGCGUAUUGAAAAGCGGUUGCCCGCAGCGGACGAGACCAGCUGUAGCAGCGAGGUCUCAGUGACGGAUAAUACCCAGGAUAACUUAUCGCUUAUUAAAGUGGAAGCUGAGAAAACUAAUUCAACAGAGGGCUGUGCCCGCACCAUUCCUUAUAUGGGUCGUCAGCCAAAGGUACAAGCACUACCUGUGCCCAUGUCAACAGAACCGCUUCCAGUGCCACCAGCCCCUCAAGAAAUUGUAGCCCCACCAAGUCGAGAGGACGAAGAAGAACCACAGCAUCAGCCUUUAAGCAUGGUCCAAGCAGGCCUGAUGGACUUUCUGGCAGAAAGUUUGGGAAGCGAUGAUUUUACCAUGUUUGGUAGCCUACCAGGCAUAAUGCCAGCCCCUCUGAUUGGAGCGGGUAAAAAUGAUUUCUUCAUGACCGAACCAUUGCUCCAGGCACCUUUAAAUAGUGACGGUCUUUUCGACAUCGAUACAAAUUUUGCCAUACCAAAUGCCACUGUAGAGACUAAACCCAAAUCAACUGAAGAAAUUGUAGCCGAAAGCAGCGAAGAACAAAAAGAGGGCGAGGUGGAGGAUGAAAAGGCAGAAGAGGGAGAAUCACCCGACUAUCAGCCCCGCAUUGUUCAGGUUACCAAUUAUCAGGCGCAAGAGGCAAGCGAUAGCAUUAAAGAGGAACCACUGGAAGAGAUAAUGCAAGAUGAAGAUGUCGUGGCGCAGAGCAAAUCCUCUUUCGUAGAGCCUUGCAAACCGAGUGGAUUUGUAAGACAACCACGGAGAAAUUGGCCUUGGUUGCAGGAAGCGCAGGACUCGGAUGACCUGGCCAUUCCUGUCGAAAAUCUCCAACUAAUGAGUGUGUACGAAGAACAAAAGUUGUAUCAACGACUAGAUAGAAUAUUUUCUUUGGAGGAUCAAUGCCAAAUAUCCAUACCUGCCUAUGUACGGCGUCUAUACCGAAAACUUUCCCUUCGAAAGUGGAAAAGGGACCACAAUCGCCACAUAUUCAACUUGGACGAGCACAUAGACCCCCUGGGAAGAGCACGCUUAAAGCAGCUGGGUCAUCAGAAGGCCGAAAUACUUGACAGAUAUCAAUUGCUAGCCCAUUCAAGGCAGGAUGCAAGGAGCUCUUUUCACGCCCGCCUGGCGGGAUGCACUCAGUACGAGCUCUUUGAAUCGCCAUAUUCUCAGAGGGUUCUUCAUCCAUUCAUCUUUCGAAGCGAAACGAUGGCUCCUCCCUGGUUGAAGCUUAUGUGCGAGCUGCAGCAUCGAGUAAACGGAUCUCAUCCCACAAGAUCUACCAUCGACUUUUGUUUUGUAAGACCGCAACAUAUUCCGGCGGUAAACGCCUUACUGCAAAGUACGUUUUGGCCUAAUAUUGAUGUAAGUGAGUGCCUCAGCUACCCGGACUACAGCGUAGUGGCGUUGUACAAGAAGCUGGUUAUCGGUUGCGGAUUCCUUGUGCCCGAUGUAGGUUACAACGAGGCCUACAUCUCAUUCAUGGCGGUACGCCCGUGUUGGCAACGCAGUGGCAUUGCCAGCUUCAUGUUAUAUCAUCUUAUCCAGACUUGUAUGUCCAAGGACAUAACGUUGCACGUUUCUGCCACCAACGCGGCCGUAAUGUUGUACCAGAAAUUCGGAUUUAAGAUGGAGGAAAUCAUCUUGGACUUUUAUGACAAAUAUCUGCCUCUGGACUCAAAGCAGAGCAGAAAUGCCUUCUUUUUGAGAUUACAGAGAUGAGACCUGUUCAAAUAAAUGCUUUUUAAUCUAAUGUUA